GAGAAAUGAGUGUUGGACGCAGAAGAUUAAAGCUGCUGGGAAUUCUUAUGAUGGUAAAUAUUUUUAUUUAUGUGAUCGUGGAAGUCUCAAAAAGCGGCAGCCAGGAGAAGAAUGCAAAAGGCCGUGUUAUUAUACCGCGCAGCAAAUUUUGGAGAAAAUAUACUCCUCACAAAGCUUAUUGGAACAAACAUCAACAGAAGCUUGAACUACUGUACAACCCUAUUCUGACCUUGCUUUCCAAUAUGACUGUGGAAGAGAACUUACUUUCUAACUCGAGUCUUCUCAAUUCCUGUGACCCUGACCCGUGGGUAUCUUCAGAAGUUAGUGACUUCGCAAACUUACCAGACAGAUUCAAAGACUUUCUCCUUUAUUUGAGAUGUAGAAAUUAUUCACUGUUAAUGGAUCAGCCAAACAAGUGCAAACACAAACCUUUUCUGCUGCUGGCUAUUAAGUCCCUCACACCCCAUUUUGAUAGAAGGCAAGCAAUUAGGGAAUCCUGGGGCAAGGAAAUAAAAUCAGGGGAUGUGACAGUCAAAAGGGUCUUCUUACUUGGACAGACCCCACCAGAGGAUAAUUUUCCUGAUCUUUCAGACAUGAUAAAAUUUGAGAGUGAAACCCACCAAGACAUUCUCCUCUGGAACUACAGAGACACUUUCUUCAAUUUAACUCUGAAAGAGGUGCUGUUUCUUAAGUGGGUCAGCAGCAGUUGUGCAGAUGUCGAGUUUAUUUUUAAGGGUGAUGAUGAUGUUUUUGUGAAUACCCAUCAGAUCCUGGAUUACUUGAAGAGCCUAUCAAAGGACAAAGCCAAAGACUUAUUUAUAGGUGAUGUGAUCAAAGAUGCUGGACCUCACAGAGACAAAAAAUUGAAGUACUACAUCCCAGAGAGUGUUUAUGAAGGUUCGUAUCCUCCAUACGCCGGAGGUGGUGGGUUUCUGUACUCUGGUGAUCUGGCGUUAAGACUGAAUAAUGCAUCUGACCAGGUACUCCUUUACCCUAUUGAUGAUGUUUAUACUGGAAUGUGCCUUCAGAAGCUUGGGCUUGCUCCGGAAAAACACAAAGGCUUCAAGACAUUUGAUAUCGAAGAGAAAUACAGAAAUAACAUAUGUUCCUACACAAACUUAAUGUUAGUACAUAGUAGAAAACCACAAGAAAUGAUUAAGAUUUGGACACGCUUGCAAGAUCCACAUUUAAAUUGUUAAAGUAAUGUGCAUAGGUGUCUUAAGUCCCAAUAACUUUCCACGUCUGGGUCUGACUUUUUUGAUGGGCCAUUGAAGCUUUGUUUAGUAGUUC